AGUUGCUCAACAAUGGUGGAUCCAGUCAUUUCCUUCCCAACCAAGAGACCUAUCUUCGUCAUAGAUCUGUCCGGAGAAAACUCAAAUCCUAUGAUUCCAGAUUCGUUUAUUUCGAAUCACUUAAAGGGUAAAACCCAGUCUACGAAGCUGAAACUGACUUCGGACGGUUCAGACAGAGUCUGGGAAGUGGAAUUGGACGGUAACAGAUUCGCCGGCGGCUGGAAAAGUUUCUCUGUCCACCAUAGUGUUCGAAACGACGACGUUCUGAGUUUCAGGCACGACGGGGACAUGGUCUUCCACUGUCUUUCAACCAAAUUCGCAAGGUCAAAUGGUCUGAACAACAGACAGUGCAAGAUUGAUCUAGUGAAUGAAGAUGGAAAAUCGUGGACUCUAGAUCUUAGACACAACAAAACAACUGGUCAACCAUUUAUCUCCGGAGGCUGGACAAGUUUUUGCAAAGGAAAUGGUCUCAAUGCCGAUUCCUUUUGCAGAUUUGAACUUGUCCAAGGCGGAACAAAACCAGUGCUACAGUUGUGUCCCAACACCUCUAGCAUUCCAGAAGGAAACUCUUCCAAAGCAAAGGAAAAACGGAAUGUUUCUGAAACUGAUCGUGGUGGGAUCGAAUCAGAGACUGCGACUGCUUCAAUGAAUCAUCACAGGAUAGUGACAUUAGAACUUAAACCUUACAUGCUCAGGACAGGUCAACUUCGACUUCCUGUAACGUUUGCAAGAGAGAAUGGAAUCAAGGAAGUAGGAGAGAUAACUAUAAUGAACAAAAUCGGUGUGGAGUGGAAGUUGCAUCUAGCUAACGUCAAGGGACGCGAACAGUAUUACAUUAGAGGUUUAAAAGAUUGCUUUAUAGCCAAUAGCAUAAAUAAAAUUGGCGAUUCCUUCACAUUCGAGGUUGUUCGAGGAGGAACUAGUCCUAUUCUCAAGAUCUGCUCCGAGGUAAAGGAGGCAUCGUUUGAUGCCUAUCAGAUUCCGGAGAUGAGAACGCCAAGGAAGGUUCAAGCAUUACAUGCUGAAGAAGGGACGGCGACUCAAGUCCAAAAGAGAUGUCGAGUUUCUGCCGAAGGAGGACCAUCUCAACGCACUAGAGCAUCAAACAAAUCAAGUGUUGAUCCGGGAAACUUGCAGCGCAAGCAACCGCCUCAGCCUCGCUCAAUCUCUGAUCAAGUGUCAAAGGUGAAACAGAGUGUCGUUGACACUUUAGCUGGUGUAAGACGGUUUCGGUCGGAACUCGAGAUAAAGGAACAAAAUCUAGAAGCUUCGCUGCUCGAAAUUGAUACUUUAGGGGAAAAGAUAAUGGGGAUUAGCCAAUUCUUCAACAUUAAUCAAGUCUAA